AUGACGCGCACCGAAAUCCAGAAUAGGGCGAGUGAGAGAUGCAGCGGGAAAGCAGGCACCCGAGCAGAUGACGUUAGUUUACAGUUCGGUUGUGCCCGUGUCGACUCCGGGUCUGGCGAUCACACAAGAGGAGGCCAUUCAACGGUCCAUCCGGGGGAAGGUAUUUCGAAGCAGGCCCACCAUAACAUUCGCCUCGAACAGAAAGUCGUCAUUUGCAAUCUACCUCGUGGUAGCCACGUGCCAACAAUGGACCCCGCCGUAGUGCGACUGCGCGACGACAUUAAGUGGCUCUACUGGACGGACGGCGCCCAACGGCGCUACGAUGGCUUUGGCCUAGAAGCAAUAAUGCAAUUCUCAGAUCAUCAUGGCGUUCGGCUCGUGAUGGCUGACUCGAGGUCACGAAUAUCACUACGACAGGAGGUUAGCAGCGAGUCAACUGUCAGUUUCGCAACAUGGCGGCAAUUUUCGAGCGGGUCAAUUUUGAUGUGCGUUAUAGAGGAGAGCGAAAAGAGUAACGUAGUUGACACGAUGCAUGAACGCCCUUGCAAGCUCGCAUGCACCGGUGUGAUGUAG